UCAAAAAAGCUACUAUCUCUUCCUGUCCCUAAACGCAGUCAAUGGCCGCCCAAUCUUCCCAUACACCUUUUUUUCUUCUGUUUUCAUAACCUUAAACCACCCAAAAUCUAAUCCUAUCUGCAAAACCGCUCAACACAAACCAUGAAGAUCCACUUAAUCUUAGCUUUACUCUUGGUCUUAACCUCCUUUUCUGUUAUUUUUUCCAUUGAAGAUGACGUGAAGUGUCUUGAAGGCAUCAAGAACUCUCUCAAAGAUCCCGAAGGAAAGCUCUCCUGGUCCUUCACCAACACCACUGUUACCUCAAUCUGCAAGCUAAACGGCGUGUCUUGUUGGAACGAGAAGGAGAACCGAAUCAUCAGUUUGGCUUUGAGUUCAAUGCAACUCUCGGGACAACUACCCGAGUCGCUGAACCUCUGUCACAGCUUGCAAACUCUAGAUCUCUCAAAUAACGAUCUCUCCGGUCCGAUCCCGCCGGAACUCUGCACAUGGCUUCCUUACAUAGUCUCACUUGAUCUCUCAAACAAUAAACUCUCCGGUCCCAUCCCCUCGCAGAUCGUUGAGUGCAAGUUUCUUAACAAACUUGUUUUAAGUUACAAUAAAUUGUCGGGUUCGAUCCCGUACGAAGUGAGCCGGUUGGAUCGGUUAAAAGAAUUUUCUGUUGCGGGGAAUGCUCUGUCCGGAUCAAUACCGUCUGAUCUGGCGAAAUUUAACGAAGAUAGUUUUGAUGGGAACAGCGGACUUUGUGGUAAGCCUUUGGGAAAAUGUGGAGGGUUGAGUGGUAAGGGUCUUGGUAUUAUUCUUGUUGCUGGUGUUAUUGGUGCUCUGGGUUCUGUGAUUUUAGGGUUUGUGAUUUGGUGGUGGUUUUUCGUUAGAGUUAGUAGGAAGAAGAGAGGGUAUGGUGUUGAUGAUGCGAAAGAUGAGAGUAGUUGGAUUCAAGUACUGCGGUCACAUAAGCUUGUUCAGGUUUCUUUGUUUCAGAAACCUAUUGUUAAGAUUAAACUGGCUGAUUUGUUGGCUGCUACUAAUAGUUUUAAUGCUGAAAAUAUUAUUAUUUCUACAAGAACUGGGGUUUCCUACAAGGCCGUGUUGCCAGAUGGCUCUGCCUUGGCAAUUAAGAGGCUGAGUGCUUGUAAGCUUAGUGAGAAGCAGUUUCGGUCGGAGAUGAAUAGGUUAGGGGAGCUUAGACAUCCCAAUUUGGUGCCGUUGUUGGGAUUUUGUGUUGUGGAGGAAGAAAGGCUUUUGGUGUACAAGCACAUGCCUAAUGGGACGUUGUAUUCGCUGUUACAUGGAAAUGGUUUUGUUGAGAGUCAGCAUGGUGUUUUGGAUUGGUCUACUAGGCUUCGGAUUGGUGUGGGUGUGGCGAGAGGAUUGGCUUGGCUUCAUCAUGGGUGCCAACCACCCUAUAUGCACCAAUAUUUUAGUUCAAAUGUGAUUCUUAUUGAUGAUGAUUUUGAUGCUAGGAUAACGGAUUUUGGUCUGGCAAGGCUCGUGGGUUCUCGUGAUUCUAAUGAUAGUUCUUUUGUGAAUGGUGAUUUGGGAGAGUUUGGUUAUGUUGCUCCUGAGUACUCUAGCACUAUGGUUGCUUCACUGAAAGGGGAUGUUUAUGGUUUUGGAGUUGUGCUGUUAGAGUUGGUUACUGGUCAGAAGCCUAUUGAAGUGAGUACUGCAGAUGAAGGAUUUAAGGGAAAUUUGGUUGACUGGGUUAAUCAUUUAGUGAUCAGCGGUCGAAGUAAAGAUGCCAUUGAUAAGGCUUUAUGUGGGAAAGGUAGUGAUGAUGAGAUUACACAGUUUCUGAAGGUUGCAUGUACUUGUGUGGUUCCUAGGCCUAAGGAUAGGCCUUCUAUGUAUCAGAUCUACGAGUCAUUGAAGAGCAUGGCUGAAAGGCAUGGUUUCUCUGAACAGUAUGAAGAAUUCCCAUUGAUCUUUGGUAAACAAGAUGCUGACUUUAAGGAGUAGCUUUGGUGGGUAAAGGACGAGAAGCACAAAAAAUUGUAAUCACUUUGAGCCUGGCAGCAUACUAGGGCAUUUCUAAUUUGUAUGCUAUGUUAUGGAAUGCUUUCUCAGCAAUUGGUAUGGUUUCCACUUGAAGAGGAUUCCUUGUUUUAGUGCUUAUUUGUUUGAUAAUUCUGUAUAUUAAAUGAAGUAUUAUGCUCUGUAUUUCAGGAGAUUCCUGUUAUCAAUUUAUCAUUAUGGAAAAUGCUGCUUCUGCAUCCUUUUUAUUUUU